CAAGGGAACACAGCCAAUAAUUUGGGUGACUGGAAAAAGAAAUGGAUUUUUUAAAAAAGUGAGCCAGUUAUUGGAAUAAAAAAUUGUCGAAAUGGAUGCCUGAGGAAAUAAUUAUUUUACACAAAUAAAAUUUAUUCUAUUUUUGUCAUCAAGUUUUCUCUGGAGAAAAGAUUUUUUUCUGAAAAGGGGGAAGAUGAAGGGUUUCCUAAAUCAAGAAAAAGACAAGGAAGCCUUCAGAUUGAUGAAGGAACUGAAAGCAAACCUUGAACAAGAGACGAUCUAUCUGCCCAGGGAAACGGGGCUGAAUCUGAUCGAGUCAACUCUGGAGAACAACAACCGAAUCUCAGCAAAAUGUAGGGAUGCCAAAGUUGAAGAUCUCUGGAGCCUGACUAAUUUCUUUGGAUACAGCACUCAGACCUUUGUCCAAGCUGUGAAUCUGCUGGAUAGGUUCUUAGCAAUGAUGAAGGUCCAGCCAAAACACUUACCCUGCAUCGGUGUCAGCUGUCUCCAUAUUGCAGCCAAAGUAAUUGAGGAGGAGUGUAAUGUGUCACCCACUCAUGAGCUUAUCCGCAUCAGCCAGUGCAAGUUCACUGUGUCAGACCUCAGUCGAAUGGAGAAAAUAAUUUCAGAAAAACUGAACUUUCAGUUCAAAGCAGUCACUGCCUUAACCUUUUUGCACUUAUACCAUGCGGUAGCACUUUCACAUACCUCAGAAAGGAAGGAAAUUUUGAAUCUUGACAAAUUGGAAGCCCAGCUGAAAGCCUGUCUCUGUCGACUGGUCUUCUCCAAGGCAAAACCAUCAGUAUUAGCUCUGUCCCUCCUCAACCAGGAGAUUGAAGUUCACCAGUCAGCCGACAUGUUCAAAAUUGCCAAACGCAUCCAAAAGCACCUAAAGAUUGGUGACAGUGAGCUACUUCACUGGAAGGGGAUGGUGGCCAAAUGCAUGAUGGACUACCUGUCACCUGAAUGUAGCAAACCCGACAACAAGAAGCUAGUCUGGAUUGUGUCCAGGAGAACAGCACAACAUUUGCACAGCAGCUACUGCAGCAUCCCUGACCUGCCAACUAUUCCUGAGGGGGGCUGGGAUGAAAGCGAGAGUGAGGAUUCCUGUGAAGACAUGAGCUGUGGGGAGGAGAGCCUGAGCAGUUCACCUGACAGUGAUGCAGAGGGGCCCUUCUUCCCUCCAGACUUUCGGUACCGUGACAGAAGGGGCUUCCCUUCCUCCUAGACAUUAGACAUCUCUUCCACACAGCAGUGGAGAGGCAGUGAGGCUUGGGUGCUACAAAUUGUGUCUUGGAAAAAAAAUACUAUUUAUCUUUUUUUCAGUAGGGUUUUGAGAGAAUUGCCAUUUGUAUCAUGGCAAUGUUGUGUUAUCAGCUUUACCAAGUGCCUGGCGAUUAGUAUACUGCAUUUACUUAAAGUUAUAUUUUAAGUUCCAGAUUGCAUUAUUCUGGCAGCUGACUCAUUUUAAUGGAACUUUUGUAGUUCUGAUGUUUUAGUAGUUGAUGCAUGUUUAAACUUGCUACAUUCCAAAUGACAUUAAGCACAAAACUGAAGUAGCUGGUCCUAUGAUGUCAUGUUUAUAAACUGUUACAGAACAGACUGUUGAACCCUAGAUAAAUGCUCCUGUAAUACGUACUUUGCACAGGUUUUAUAGUAAAGAAUUACUUUAAAAUGGCAUGCAGUAAUUGGAAAAAGACAAAAAAAGGAAAAAAAAAACAAAUGCCUGUACACCAGCUAGUUUGUAGUCUCCUAAGUUUGUAUUGUGAAAGUGGAGGUUAUGAAGUAUGCAUGGUGUUGAAAUAUAAGCAAGGAUGUUUUGUGUGUUAACAUUUCGUUGAACCACUUCAAUUGCCAACUUAAUAGUAUGUCAGGGUGUAAUAGUAACAUUUAGUAAUA